CUUUAAGAUCGCUUAAGACGUAAACGAAAAAUGAAAUUUUCUGAAAACUGAAAUUACCAAAACAGACCAAGAUCUAUUUUGAAGAUAGAUAUUUCUUAAAUAUGAUUUCCUGAUGCAGACUGUAAUGGAUACAGUGAUGAAGAUCUUAUAUAAACGAAGUGGUAGCACGACUGGCAGUGCAGGUGGUGAUUACAGACGCAGUACUAGUGCUGGUAGUGAUGGGGACUCUUCAGGUGUGUUGAGUGGAACCACAAUCAACAUGUCCAACUCCUCAACUAUUACCAAUGGUUCAUGUAACAGGUUGAUCAACACCGGUGACACUGUGGAGAUCAUUAAUAGUGCAGCGCCUAUAUUAGGAGAGGUUAAAGUUCAAAUCUACAAUGACACCAUUGAUGAUUCUUCUGUUUCUUUUAGUUGUUAUGACACUUGUGAAGACAUUUGCCUAUCUCUUGCCAAAAGACUAGGUAUCACACCAACAAUGUUAAAUUGCUUUGGUCUGGGUAUUCUGGAUGUGACACUAAAGAAGCAUUACUGGAUUGCUCCGAAGCAGAAACCUAGUGAUAUCUGUUACAAUAUGAUGCAAACUCAAGAAUAUAAAGUGUUCUUUAGAAUGAGGUUUUUUCCAGAACAAUCCAAAUGCAGACAGCUCGAUGAGGUGGAUCCUAGAUGCCUAGAAUACCUGACUUGGCAAGUGAAGUGGGACUUUCUUCAUAGUAUUUCAUCAUGUAAUUGGGAAGAGUCUAAAACAGAUGAAGCAAGGGGCUUUAGUUGCAUGCUUAUCCUGUUGGCACUUCGUUUACACUCUGAAAAAGAAAAUUGUACUGAAAAUUUGAAAAAUUACAUGAAGAAAAGAGACCUAGACAACUUCUUACCUGUGCCUUUGAGGAAGAAAUUGGUUGAGGGAAAAGUUCUUAAAAACAACAUGUUGAAGAAAGUUGAAGAACUUCAAAGAACACAUCCUGUGGAACAUUGUGACUCGUAUUAUAUCAUGAAAUGGUGCCUGCAGGUUGCUAUGAAACAAAACAAGUCCUAUAAAACAGAAACAUUUGUGGCAUAUGACCUUGAUAUUGAUAAUGAAGAAUUUGAGCCUAUAGAUGGGGACGAACCACCAUCACAAAUUGCAGAGAAACAGGAGUUAAUGAUCACUAUUAGGAUAGACAAGUCCAAGCCAACAUUGACAGUGAUGGAGAUGAAUGAGAGACGUAUGCAUACAAUUGAUUGUUAUGUUGAAAAUGUUUCCAAGCUGGAAAUUUGUCCCACUGAUCUUGAUGGAGUAACCUGGUGGAGGGUACAUAUAUUCAGGCAAGAUGGUCACCCUGAGAUGUUGUAUUUUGAUGAUAGUAAGGAAGCCUAUUCCUUUGCAACGUGUGUAGAGUGUUACAACCGUCUAACUGUUGACUAUUAUGACACUGUGUGUACAGAACUGGUACCAUCACUAUUUAAUGAGCUCAAUACAUUGCGAGCACAUGGACCUGUGAGGGAUGAGUUUGUGAAGAAAAAAUUGCUGAAGAAGAACAGUAAAGACCUGUAUAUACUGCGAUUAAAUCUCAAAUAUUAUGACCAGUAUGAUGUUCUUUACCUACCCAGUAUCACCAUUAAUACUAAACUGAAGAAAGUUACUUUACCUAAGAUAGUACGUGUAGAAGAUGGAUAUACUGUAGACGGUUCCGGGAGGCAACCACAGGAUAUAAAAUUUCUGAUGAAUGACCUGGUUAGGGAAGCUAACCUGUUUCCUUCAACUUGUUUGAGGAUCAAACCACAGUCAGAGGGGUGUGAUUUAUUGCACAGUUUUAUAUUGGGCAAGGAACCAGUUGAUGUACAUGAUGAAGAUGAGGAGAAAAGAGAGAAAAGAAAAAUUGAGAACCAGCCUAAAGUAUAUAACAGGAAUGAUUUGAAGUUACAGUCAAUGCUAGGUCAAGGGCAUUUUACCGAGGUUUACAGAGGUUUGUUGUUAGAACAGCAUCAUGUUAUCAUUAAAAAGAUGAGAGUUAAAGACAUUGAAGAUGGUGACUUCAGACUUGUACAAGAGGCCUUUAGUGAAGGUAUAGAUAAGCUAGUGGCAUUAGCUGACUACCAGUACUUUGUGGCUUAUAUGGGGAUGAGUAUGACCCCGGAUGUUUGUAUGAUAUUGAAGGGAACCAGUCAUGGAAGUUUACAGCAGUUCUUACAAAGCAGGGAUCCAACCCUUCCCAUGCUGUCAUUACAUCAUCUGUUAGAUGCAAAUAUACAAGUUGCCUCAGCUUUAGUUUAUAUGGUAAAUAUACCUUAUAAGUACUUUUUUCUGCGGGAACUUUAUUUCCGCUAUUUCUGCGGUUUAUAAUGACACCGCAGAUUUAAAAACCACAGAAAAUUAAGCCUUUCGCUAUGUCUACAUGUAUGUCGGAAUAUGUCACCUACCUGUAUUGUAUAAUUACAUUACCAUUGCCGUUAUCAGCUUUUGUAGAUGGGAAUAAUUUUUUCUUUAUGUAUCCGUCAUGAAUAAAAUAAUAGAAAAAAAAGUUACUUUACUUGUUCUUUUUGUUUAAAAAAAUAUCAUGUUUGUAUGAUUUUCGCUCACCCUAAGCUUGAUUUAUUUUUAAAAUAAAACUUUUAU